AAAAUGGCGGCCGCGGCUAUGGAGACGUGGCUGGCCCUGCUGCUGCUGGCCCUGCUGCCCGGGGCCCGGCCCUUCUACGUCCCCGGCGUGGCGCCCCGGGACUUCCACGAGGGCGACGCCGUCGACCUGAAGGCAGUGAAGCUGACCAGCUCGCGCACGCAGCUUCCUUACGAGUACUACUCCCUCCCCUUCUGCAAGCCCGACGCCGUCUUCUACAAGGGAGAGAACCUGGGCGAGGUGCUGCGCGGGGACCGCAUCGUGAACACGCUCUACAACGUGGAGAUGAACAAGGACAGGAAGUGUGAGAUGGUGUGCGACAAGAAGAAGCUCAGCGUCAAGGAGAGCAAGCUGGUGGCCGAGCGCGUCCAGGAGGAGUACUACGUCCACCUCAUUGCAGACAACCUGCCCGUGGCCACCCGGUUGGAGUUCUACCCCAACAGGGAGGUGGUGGCCGUGGAGGAGGAGCAGAAGAAGGAGGUGUCGAGAGACGUCCAGUUCGAGCACGGCUACCGGCUGGGCUUCGUCGACAGCAACAAGUUCUACCUGCACAACCACCUGUCCUUCAUCCUGUACUUCCACAGAGAGAAGCUGGAGGAAGGGGAGGAGCACAACUACAGGGUGGUGCGCUUCGAGGUCAUCCCCCAAAGUGUGAAGCUCGAGGAUCUGAAGGCGGUGGAGACGGACCGGACGUGCACCUUGCCCGAGGCCAGUGGCUCCGCCCCUCAGGAGAUCGACCCCACCAGGGAGAACGAGGUCCUCUUCACCUACUCGAUCCACUGGGAGGAGAGCGAGGUGAAGUGGGCGUCUCGGUGGGACACCUACCUGACCAUGAGCGACGUCCAGAUCCACUGGUUCUCCAUCGUCAACUCCGUGGUGGUCGUCUUCUUCCUGUCCGGUAUUCUGAGUAUGAUCAUCAUCCGGACCCUGAGGAAGGACAUCGCCAACUACAACCGAGAGGACGACAUCGAGGACACCAUGGAGGAGUCGGGCUGGAAGAACGUCCACGGCGACGUGUUCCGGCCGCCUCGGUAUCCCAUGAUCCUCAGCUCUCUGCUGGGCUCGGGGAUCCAGCUCUUCUGCAUGAUCCUCAUCGUCAUAUUCGUAGCCAUGUUGGGCAUGCUGUCUCCCUCCAGUCGAGGAGCCCUGAUGACCACCGCUUGCUUUCUCUUCAUGUUCAUGGGCGUAUUCGGCGGCUACUUCGCCGGCCGACUGUACCGAACACUGAAGGGCCAUCGGUGGAGGAAAGGAGCGUUCUGCACGGCCACGUUGUAUCCCGCCGUGGUGUUUGGAAUCUGCUUCAUCCUCAACUGCUUCAUCUGGGGAGAACACUCGUCUGGGGCGGUGCCCUUCACCACGAUGCUGGCCCUGCUGUGCAUGUGGUUCGGUAUCUCCAUGCCGCUGGUCUACCUGGGAUACUACUUCGGCUUCCGCAAGCAGCCGUACGACAACCCGGUGCGCACCAACCAGAUCCCCCGGCAGGUCCCGGAGCAGCGCUGGUACAUGAACAAGUUUGUAGGAAUCCUGAUGGCUGGGAUUCUGCCCUUCGGCGCCAUGUUCAUCGAGCUCUUCUUCAUCUUCAGCGCCAUCUGGGAGAACCAGUUCUAUUACCUCUUUGGCUUCCUGUUCCUCGUCUUCAUCAUCUUGGUGGUGUCCUGCUCUCAGAUCAGCAUCGUCAUGGUUUAUUUCCAGCUGUGUGCCGAGGACUACCGGUGGUGGUGGAGAACCUUCCUGGUGUCGGGCGGCUCGGCGUUCUACGUCCUCAUCUACGCCGUCUUCUACUUCAUCAACAAGCUGGACAUCGUGGAGUUCAUCCCCUCCCUGCUGUACUUCGGCUACACCGCCCUGAUGGUGCUGUCCUUCUGGCUGCUGACGGGCACCAUCGGCUUCUACGCCGCCUACAUGUUCAUCCGGAAAAUCUACGCCGCAGUCAAGAUCGACUGAGUCUGCUGCUGCGGCGCUCUUCUUCUUCUUCUUUUUUUUUGAUGGUCACAUUCUGUUUUUGUUUUUUUAUGUAUAUAUUUUUUUAUUCUUCGUGUCCAACAAGCACUGACUUGCGUGUGUCGAGGGAAUGUGAUGGGGGAGAGGGGGGGGGGGGCUUUUUAAAAAUGGUGCAACAGCCCCGCCCACUGGUCUCUUGGAGAGGAACAGUAUGGUGGAGGCGGAGCUAAGCCAGCUGGCUCUGUCCCUCCCUCUCUUCUACCCCUCCUCCCCCCCCCCCCUCCAUCCAGGACAGAGACUCUGAGGGAGUGUUCUUCAUAUUUCCCGCAGCGGGCCAAAGCUUCGCCACACGGUGGUUUCUGCACAUUUGGUUUUUUUUGUCUUUUAAUUUUUUUUUAUUCUAACUUAUCUGUCAAUCAUCUUCUCACAAAGAGACUUCAUUGUCUUUUCCAUUGUCUCUGUUUUGGUUCAGUGUCGGAGACCUUGGAGAUCGGGUG